GAGCUAAAUAUAGAAGUGCAUUAAUGUGUACUUUGUCUUAUAAAAAUGUCACAUCAAUGCUUGAUGGUCGCCAUUGUUGUGUUCAUCACCACAGAAGCUAUUUCAGGUCAAGAGGUGACGAAAGCAGUGGGUGAUAAAGUUUCUUUUAAACUAGACAAAAUUGUUCCUCCUGUCACCAGCAUCACAUGGAAACACAUAAAAAAGGGUGCAUUAACUGUGAAGGUGAUUGAAUGGGAAGACGGAGAAGAAACUACAGUCCUGAAUCCGAGAUUCAAAGACAUCACGACUCUUAAUAAAGAGACUGGACAAAUCACUAUUUCUAAACUAACACUCGAACAUACUGGAGUUUAUACCAUUGACGUCAGCGGUAAAGAGCAGACACAAAGAUUCACAUUGACUGUUAUGGAGCCGGUCCCCAAACCUGUGAUUAAAAUAGAGGCGACUGAUAACCCUAAUGUUGUGUAUUUAAUAUGUGAGUACAGUGAAACAAUCAUCUGGAAGAAUUCUGCUGGAGAAACACUGACGGGUUCAGCGCACCAACGGAAAGGAGAGUUCAUUAAUGUCAAAAACAAAAGAAAUCCAGAAAUCUCCUACACCUGUUCACUCCAGAACGCAGUGAGUGAGGAGACCAGUGAUCCGGUCUAUGAGAGAGAUCUGUUUAAAGGUGAAGAGGUGACGAAAGCAGUGGGUGAUAAAGUUUCUUUUAAACUAGACAAAAUUGUUCCUCCUGUCACCAGCAUCACAUGGAAACACAUAAAACCUGAUGUAUUAACUGUGAAGGCGAUUGAAUGGGAAGACGGAGAAACUACAGUCCUGAAUCCAAGAUUCAAAGACAUCACGACUCUUAAUACAGCGACUGGACAAAUCACUAUUUCUAAACUAACACUCGAACAUACUGGAGUUUAUACCAUUGACGUGAGCGGUAAAGAGCAGACACAAAGAUUCACCUUGACUGUUAUGGAUCCGGUCCCCAAACCUGUUAUAGGACGGGAGAAGAUAAAUCCUGAUGUUGUAUAUUUAUCCUGCAAGUACAAUGGAAGUAUUACCUGGAGUAAUUCUGCUGGAGAAACACUGGCAUACCAAUCAAAUACAGACUCCAUUACAGUAAAAAAAAACGAAGGAAAUCCAGAAAACACCUACACCUGCACACUCCAGAACGCAGUGAGUAAGGAGACCAGCGAUCCGGUCUAUAAGAAAGAUCUGUUUAACGAUGAAUCAACCGGCGGACCUUGGUGGAUAGUGAUUAUUGUCCUAAUCCUAGUCAUCCUAAUCAUCGCCAUCAUUUUCGCCGUCUAUCGCUAUAAACACAACAAAGACUUUAAAAAAUCUAAAAGUGCCCCAAUAACUGAUUGCACUGACAUUGAGGAGCUCAGUUUGAAGGAGGGAAACACAUCUUUCUACCGGAGGAGAGGGUUUCGACCCCCUCUUUGUGGUUUAUAA